AAAAGAAAAGGACAGUUGUUAUUUUCACAAUGAAAAUAACUAAAAUCUAAUAUAAAAAAAAAAAAGAAAAACAAAUGAAAAAAAAAGCUAACAAACAAGCGAGAACGAUCCAACAAAAAGCACAGACUUUUCACAGGAAUACAAAAGAAAACGCGAAAGGGGAAACCGAAAAUUAAAAAAAAAAGUUAAUCGAAGAAAGUAAGGAGCCGUCAAAUUUGCGAGGAAAUUAAGUGUGGCGGUUAAGGGCUUUUGAUUGCGAUUCUUCUCUGCUCGGCAGUUUCAUUUGAAGAGAAGUCGCCAGUAUAACUGAAGAAGAAGAAAAAGACGAAGAAGAAGAGAUUCAAAUUUGGGGCUUUUGGAUAUUGGAAUUCGAGGUGCUGGUAUUCCAGGGUAUUGGGGGUUUUGAACUUUUGUGGUGUGGUUGUGAUAGUUGCAAAUGAAUGAAUCAUGAUGACUGGGAUCAGGUGGAAUAGUUGUCCAUGGGCACCCCCCACAACAAACUAUCUGACCUGGUUGACAUAGUUAAGUCAUGGAUCCCUAGGAGGAGUGAGCCGCCAAAUGUGUCAAGGGAUUUUUGGAUGCCCGAUCAUAGUUGUAGGGUAUGCUACGAAUGUGACUCCCAAUUUACGGUAUUUAAUCGUAGGCAUCAUUGUCGACUUUGUGGCCGAGUUUUCCGUGCCAAGUGUACAACGAACUCUGUUCCUGCCCCAUCCGGUGAGCCAAGGGCUGGUUGGGAAGAUUGGGAAAGGAUUAGGGUAUGCAAUUAUUGCUUCAAGCAAUGGGAGCAAGGGGAUGGACCUGUUAAUAAUGGGACCAAAGCACCUAGUCCUUGUCUCAGUCCAUCACCAUCUGCCGCGAGCCUGGCCAGUACGAAGUCUGGCGGCACCUGUAAUAGUAGUAGCAGCACUGUUGCUUCUACUCCCUAUUCAACUGGACCCUACCACCGUGUGAAUUAUAAUUCUGGUCUUAGCCCUCCUGAAUCUGCCCAGAUGAAUGCAGCUGCUGAACAAAACAAUGAGACAUCUAGGACAAGCACAAAUCCAAAGUCAGCUGCAGUAGAUUCUACUUCUAACCAUUUUGGCUUUUGUGUUAACAGGAGUGAUGAUGAAGAUGAUGAUUAUGGUGCAUAUCGUUCAGAUUCAGAAUCAAGGCAGUAUGCUCAUUCUGAAGACUAUUGUGGCGCUAUCAACAUUGAUGGAAUUGACCGUGUCUAUGGAUCAGAUAAAGUCCAUCCUGAUGGUGAGAACAUUGAUGCAGAAUCUUUGAGUGGUCCACCAUUACCUGAGAAUUUUGAUACACAAAGUGUGGAUGGAAUCAAGAAAUUUGAAAAGGUAAAUGAGCAAGGGAAUGUUGAUGAUGGUGAAGCUCCUGCUUAUGAUGUGUAUGGUACAGAUGCUGAGCCUGUGGAUUUUGAGAACAAUGGGCUUUUGUGGCUCCCUCCAGAGCCUGAGGAUGAAGAGGAUGAGAGAGAAGCUGCUCUAUUUGAUGAUGAGGAUGAUUAUGAGGGUGCUGCAGGGGAAUGGGGAUAUUUACACUCUUCAAAUAGCUUUGGCAGUGGGGAGUACCGUAGUAGGGAUAAGUCAGGUGAGGAACACAGGCAGGCCAUGAAAAAUGUGGUAGAAGGGCAUUUUAGAGCUUUGGUAGCUCAGCUUUUGCAGGUUGAAAACCUCCCUGUGGGUGAUGAGGAUUGUGGAGAGAGUUGGUUGGAUAUAAUCACAUCUUUGUCAUGGGAAGCUGCAACGCUUCUGAAGCCAGAUACAAGCAAGGGAGGAGGAAUGGAUCCUGGAGGAUAUGUGAAAGUUAAAUGCAUAGCUUCUGGGCGUCGCAAUGAAAGUGCUGUGGUUAAAGGAGUUGUUUGUAAGAAAAAUGUGGCUCAUCGACGAAUGACAUCAAAAAUAGAUAAACCUCGUUUUCUAAUCCUUGGAGGCGCUUUGGAAUAUCAGCGCAUUUCUAACCACUUGUCAAGCUUUGAUACGUUGUUGCUGCAGGAAAUGGACCAUUUGAAGAUGGCAGUUGCUAAAAUUGAUGCACAUCAUCCUAAUGUUCUUUUGGUGGAGAAAUCUGUGUCUGGGUAUGCCCAAGAUUACCUUCUUGCCAAAGACAUAUCGCUUGUUCUCAAUAUUAAGAGGCCACUCUUAGAGCGCAUAGCCCGCUGCACUGGUGCUCAAAUAGUUCCAUCUAUUGAUCAUCUAACAUCACCGAAGCUUGGUUAUUGUGAUGUGUUCCAUGUGGAGAAAUUUCUUGAGGAGCAUGAAAGUGCUGGGCAAGGUAGGAAGAAAUUGACGAAGACUCUAAUGUUUUUUGAGGGUUGCCCAAAGCCUCUGGGUUAUACUAUUUUACUCAAGGGUGCCAAUGGAGAUGAGUUGAAAAAGGUGAAACAUGUGGUCCAAUAUGGAGUUUUUGCAGCUUAUCACCUGGCUCUUGAGACAUCAUUUCUAGCUGAUGAAGGUGCUACGCUCCCAGAGCUCCCUCUAAAGUCUCCUAUAACUGUUGCCUUACCUGAUAAACCAUCAAGUAUUGACAGGUCUAUUUCCAUCAUACCUGGUUUUUCCAUCCCAUCCUCUGGGAAGCCCAUGGUUUCUCAACCUAUAAACGAAUUGCAGAAAUCCAACAAAGUUGUUAUCUCAGAUAGACCACCAUCUGCCAAUAGUGAGCCCCCUUGCAAAUCUACAGGGGCCUGUUUAUCUUCCUUGUCAAAAGAUCACACUCAGACUUUGUUCAAGGAAUCUGCUUCAGACUCUGUUGAUGCUGUUGCUUCCUUCAAUUCACUUUCUGCUUCGAGGGAGGAUAUCUCUUCUUAUAACAAUGUUCCCUCCUUAAAUCAUGCAUUUAGCAAGGUUGAUGGAGUGGAUCCUAAAGAAUCUGUUCAGACCAAAACAAGUAGCAGUGGAGAAGCUGUAAUAGAUGACCGGUUCAUUUCUCUUUGUCAAAGAUUAACAGAAGGACCGGAGCAAGGUGGUGGCAAUAUGUUGACUGCAAUUAAUCUUGGUGGCCCAGAGCUGGCAUCCUCAAAACAAGAGACUUGUAACAAUGAAGAGGUGGGUUCCUCGAAGGAAGAGUUUCCUCCAUCACCUUCAGACCACCAGAGCAUUUUGGUAUCAUUAUCAACACGUUGUGUGUGGAAGGGCACUGUGUGUGAAUGGUCCCAUCUCUUUCGAAUCAAAUACUAUGGGAGCUUUGAUAAGCCCUUGGGCCGGUUUUUACAAGAUCAUCUGUUUGAUCAGAGCUUCUGUUGUCAUUCAUGUGAGAUGCCAUCUGAGGCACAUGUUCAUUGUUAUACUCAUCGGCAAGGUAGCCUGACGAUAUCUGUUAAGAAACUACAAGAGCAUCCCUUACCAGGAGAGCGGGAAGGCAAGAUUUGGAUGUGGCAUAGGUGCUUGCAAUGCCCUCGGACCAAUGGAUUCCCUCCAGCCACUCGAAGAGUUGUAAUGUCUGAUGCUGCUUGGGGUUUAUCCUUUGGGAAAUUUUUGGAGCUGAGCUUUUCUAACCAUGCAGCUGCUAGCAGAGUUGCAUGCUGCGGUCAUUCCCUUCACAGAGAUUGUCUUCGAUUCUAUGGUUUUGGGAGAACAGUUGCUUGUUUUCGAUAUGCUUCCAUUGAUGUUAAUUCUGUUUGUCUUCCACCUCCAAAACUGGAAUUUAGUUAUGAUAAUCAGGAGUGGAUACAAAGUGAAGCAAAUGAGGUACGUAACAGGGCAGAAUUCCUUUUUAGUGAAAUACAUAAUGCUCUUCAAAAGAUUUCAGAGAAAUUAUUAGGUUCACGGUCCCAAGAUGGUGGCAUAAAGGCACCUGAAAGAAGAAUGUGUAUCGAAGAACUGGAAGCAAUGCUGCAAAAGGAUAGAGAAGAAUUUCAGGAAUCUUUACAGGAAGCACUUUUUAAGAAGGUGAAAGUUGAUCAACCUGUUAUUGACAUUCUUGAGAUCAAUAAAUUAAAGAGGCAAAUACUCUUUCUUUCUUAUGUUUGGGACCAACGGCUGAUACCUGCAUAUAGUUCAAUUAACAAUAAUAUCCAGGAGGUUGUGAGCAGUUCCAUCUCAAAGCUUCAAUUGAAGCCUGUGAGCUCCAUGGAGAAGCUUGUUGAGAUGAAUGUCAGUCCCAAGCCAAGUAAAGCCUUUAGUAGUUGUGACUUGUCCCUAGUUGAGACCAAGCCUGAUAUAAACAUAAAUCAAGGAGGCAAUACUGGUGAAAUUAGCAAGCUAGGCGGAGAUUACAAAGAAAAGUGCAUGGACCAGGACUUAAAUAACUGGAAGGAGACUGAACCUUCUCUUCCUUCUAGUGCAAAUACCAGUGAGAAAGCUGGUUCUCUGGAAUCUGGAAAAGUUUUACGAAAGGCUCUGUCAGAAGGGGAAUUUCCAAUUAUGACAAGUUUAUCUGACACCCUUGAGGUAGCAUGGACUGGCGAAAGUCACCCAGCUAGUAUAGCUCCUAAGGAGAAUGGUUACACUGUUCCUGAUUUGGUUGUGACAGAUCCGUCAACUGCAGUAAAUUUGGAUCUGGGAAAUUGUACUACUGGUUGUGAUGAAAUAGAAGUGGCUCGUUUUCCUCAGUCUGUUUUGCCUACUAAGGAACCUGAAAGUAUGGAGAAGUCUAUCAGCUGGGCAAGCAUGCCAUUUCUAAAUUUCUACAGUUCAUUUAACAAGAAUUCCUCAUUCAAUGCUCAAAAGCUCAGUAUCAGCGAGUAUAAUCCAGUCUAUGUCUCAUCAUUUAGGGAGUUGGAAAGACAAAGCGGUGCCAGGCUGCUGCUUCCCAUUGGUGUUAACGACACUGUAGUGCCUGUUUAUGAUGAUGAGCCCACUAGUAUUAUAGCAUAUGCACUUGUCUCAUCAGACUAUCAUUCACAGAUGUCUGAGUUGGAGAGACCAAAAGAUGCUGCAGAUUCUGCAGUUUCAUCGUCACUUUUUGAUUCAGUGAAUCUGCUCUUACUUAAUUCUUUUAGUGACUCAUCAUCUGAUAUUUACAGAAGUUUUGGAUCUGGUGACGAUAGUAUCUUGUCUUUGCCAGGGUCACAUAGCUCCCUGGCUUCUGACCCUCUCUUGUACACAAAGGAUUUGCAUGCCAGAGUUUCUUUUACAGAUGAUGGACCCCUUGGGAAGGUGAAGUAUUCCAUAACCUGUUAUUAUGCAAAGAGGUUUGAGAGCUUGAGGAGGACUUGCUGCCCUUCUGAGCUGGAUUUUAUACGGUCUCUAAGUCGUUGUAAGAAGUGGGGUGCACAAGGUGGAAAGAGCAAUGUCUUCUUUGCAAAAACUUUAGAUGAUCGAUUUAUCAUUAAACAAGUUACAAAGACAGAACUAGUAUCAUUCAUCAAGUUUGGACCAGCUUAUUUCGAGUAUUUGUCUGAUUCAAUCAAUAAAAGAAGCCCAACUUGCCUGGCAAAGAUUUUGGGUAUAUAUCAGGUUUCAUCAAAGCACCUUAAAAGAGGGAAGGAGUUAAAAAUGGAUGUUUUGGUGAUGGAAAAUCUUCUCUUCAGGCGUAAUGUUACAAGGCUUUAUGACCUUAAAGGAUCUUCUCGAUCAAGGUAUAAUCCUGAUACAAGUGGCAGCAACAAAGUUCUCCUGGAUCAGAAUUUGAUUGAAGCAAAGCUGACUUCUCCAAUUUUUGUUGGAAGCAAGGCGAAGCGGUUGUUAGAGAGGGCUGUCUGGAAUGACACUUCCUUUCUUGCUUUAAUUGAUGUAAUGGACUACUCAUUACUGGUUGGUGUGGAUGAGGAAAAACAUGAGCUUGUUGUUGGAGUAAUUGAUUUUAUGAGGCAAUACACAUGGGACAAGCACCUUGAAACUUUGGUGAAGGCCUCACGCAUACUUGGGGGUACUAAAAACGAGUCUCCAACUGUGAUCUCGGCCCAACAGUACAAGAAACGAUUCAGAAAAGCUAUGACUGCUUAUUUUCUCAUGGUGCCAGAUCAGUGGUCUUCUCCAACAAUUGUUCCUAGUGGGUUACAGACUGACCUUUGUGAAGAAAAUACACAAGUUGAUAAUUCUGUUGAAUAACAAUGUGAAUCCUUUUGUGAAGUAAAUACCCAUUCUCUCUCUUUCUUCCCUUAUUUUUAAAUUCAUUUUUGCCUAUCCUUUUUCUUCUACCAAUUGUAAUUUUUUAAAUGGCUGCCACAUUGUAUCAUCAUCAAUAUAUGCAUCAGUUGAAUUUUUUUUUUCGUUAUAAGCAGGAAAAAGCUCUUUUAAAUGCCAUAAAAAUGAUCAUCGUUGGCCGUGUCCUGUGUGUUUUUUGUGUAAGUGUGUAAUUUCUAUUUGUCUCCCUUUCUCAUAAAUUUUUUCAUCGGCAUCUAGCUGAACUGAAGCCAUCAUCGAACCAUGACUAAGAGGCUCAUGCUUUAGCUUUAAGCACCUGGGUUGUUAUUAGCCUAAAAAAACAACCUGGGUGGUUGGCUGCGUGGUGGGUUUUUAAUUUGCUCAGGGAGGCAUAUCAAAAUCAAUCGUAGCUUUGUCUUUUGGGCCGC